UCCGUCAUCGUUGACAGACGACACGGCUAGCUGUUUCAAAAAUGAAACUGGCUCGUGUGUGACUCCUAUAUUUCAAAGGCAACCGAGAGGAAAACGAAAGCAAGACGGGUGUUAACUUGUUAAAACAAUACAAUUAAUUCCCGCGUUUGACUGUUAGGUCUGACACAGCGGAGGUGGAGGAAUCCAGCGCUAGUUAUGUUGAGUAAAUACCAGAUGUGGACGGGACGUACUGUACUGCAAUGGAGUCUGUAGCAGUGGGCUCAGCUACUUGGUGAGACUGAAGCAACUGUGACUAUGGCGCACUUUGACACAGAGUACCAGCGCCUGGAAGCGUCCUACAGCGACUCUCCCCCUGGAGAAGAGAACCCGCUGAUGCAUGUACCAGAGGGAGCCAAAUCCCAAUGGCACCAUAUAGAAAACCUGGACCUGUUUUUCCAGAGAGUUUAUAAUCUGCACCAGAAGAAUGGAUUCACCUGUAUGCUGCUGGGGGAGAUCUUUGAGCUUGUUCAACUGCUGUUUGUGGUUGGCUUCACGGUGUUCCUAGCUAACUGUGUGGACUAUGACAUACUCUUUGCCAACAAGUUUGUAAACCACACUGAUUCAUCUAAAGUCACGUUGCCUGAUGCCUUCCUCCCAGUGGAUGUGUGCAGUGCCCGUAUCCGAGAUAAUGCGUUUGUGAUCUUCGUGUUAAUCAUCUCUGGGGUGUUUUGGCUACAUCGCCUAAUCAAAUUCCUUUACAACGUCUGCUGCUACUGGGAGAUACGAGCCUUCUACAUUAAUGCACUCAAGAUGACCAUGUCAGAGCUUCCCUAUGCAACAUGGCAGGAGGUUCAGGCCAGGAUAGUGGAGAUCCAGAAGGAGCACCAGAUCUGUAUCCAUAAAAAGGAGCUGACGGAGCUCGACAUUUACCACCGCAUCCUCCGCUUUAAAAACUACAUGGUUGCCAUGGUGAAUAAAUCACUCCUUCCUGUGCGAUUUCGACUUCCUGGACUUGAGGAGUCUGUGUUCUACACCCGCGGUCUCAAAUACAACUUUGAGCUCAUCUUCUUUUGGGGGCCAGGCUCUCUGUUUGAGAACGAGUGGAGCCUUAAACCUGAGUACAAGAGAGGAGGUAACAGGCUUGAGCUGGCAAACAGGCUGGCCUCCCGUAUCCUCUGGAUUGGGAUCGCCAACCUGCUGCUGUGUCCCGUCAUUCUGGUGUGGCAGAUCCUUUACGCCUUCUUUAGUUAUACAGAGGUUAUCAAGCGAGAACCUGGUUCUCUGGGAGCGAGAUGCUGGUCUCUGUAUGGUCGAUGUUACCUGCGGCACUUUAAUGAGCUGGAUCAUGAGCUCAUGUCACGCCUCAGCAAAGGAUACAAGCCGGCAUCCAAGUAUAUGAACUGUUUCCUCUCACCACUGCUGACGGUGGUUGCCAAAAAUGUAGCGUUUUUUGCCGGGUCCCUUCUGGCUGUCCUCAUCGCCCUGACCAUCUAUGAUGAGGAUGUUCUCUCAGUGGAACAUGUUCUCUCAUCGAUCACACUGCUUGGAGUGUGUAUCACAGUCUGCAGAUCCUUUAUCCCUGAUAAGCACAUGGUUUUUUGCCCUGAGCAGCUGCUGAGGGUGAUCCUGGCUCAUAUCCACUACAUGCCUGACCACUGGCAGGGCAAUGCACAUAGAUAUGAGACUCGUGACCAGUUCUCGCAGCUCUUCCAGUACAAAGCAGUGUUCAUUCUAGAGGAGCUGAUAAGUCCAGUGGUGACUCCCAUCAUCCUGAUCUUCUGCCUGAGGAGGAAGUCCCUGGAGAUCAUUGAUUUCUUCAGGAACUUCACUGUGGAGGUAGUCGGGGUAGGAGACACAUGUUCGUUUGCCCAGAUGGACAUCAGGCAGCAUGGACACCCUGCGUGGAUGUCUGCGGGGAAGACAGAGGCGUCUAUCUAUCAACAGGCAGAGGACGGGAAGACAGAAUUGUCUCUGAUGCACUUUGCCAUCACCAACCCCCAGUGGCAGCCUCCACAGGAGACCACACACUUCAUCAGCCAAUUGAAGGAGCGAGUGCACAGAGAGGCCACAGGGGCCUCUUCUGACACACAUCCACUCUCCCUGUCCGAGUCUGAGCCAAGGAGCCUCGUUGCAAAUCUUUUGGUGGGUCCCUCCACACUGACGUCCAUUCAUUUUGGGCACGAUAGCUCUCUGACCAAUCAAGCAGGCCUGAGUGAUGGGGCAUCUGCCUUACGCUCCCUCUCCCCAAAUAGCGGUAGUCUUCACCUGAGAGGCAGCUUAAAUGCAGCUCACAGGGCUUCGGGGAACACGUCAACAAUGAGCAAAGCAAUGGCAGGCUCUGGAACGGAUGCCCGGACCGUGAGCUCAGGCAGCAGUGCAUGGGAGGGUCAACUCACCAGUUUGGUCCUGUCCGAGUACGCCUCCACUGAGAUGAGCAUCCAUGCUCUUUACAUGCAUGAGCUACACAAGCAGCAGUCCCAUGGCGAGCUAUCCCGUCACACAUGGCACAGACAGGACAGUGACGAAAGCAGUGACAGCAUCCCUGACGAAGUGAGGAGCGUACCCAACCCUCAACACAGACAAUUACCCCGCUCGCACACCUUUCCUACCACAGUACCAAGUCCCAGUGCCAUUCCCACGUCAGCCUCGUGCAUCAGCAGUACCGCACUGGGCCAAGAGGGGGCAUCAUCACACAGCAUAGGCCAGCAGCGUUUUGCUGACUCCACCAAGGGGGGGAAAGUAGUGAGGUCGGCCCGCGGUGUGCCCAUGGGAGGGUGGGCAGAGGAGGGUCAGGCUGCACGACGACACCAUGAGACACUACCAGAGGAGAGCUCAGAGGACGACAUGCCACCGCACAUACACAAGAUUACAUAACCAAGUUAUGCGAAUGAGCAUCAGCGUCCCCCACCACAGAUAUCCAGGCACACGUCCUCCACAAAAACGUUCAGGCCUUACCAUCUGAUCGGACACGUGUGGAGCUGAACGUAUGCAAGAGCAGUGUGCCAUGAAACCUACAAACACGUAACCGGAGAAAUCCCCAAUGAGACCCCCUUCUAAGAUACUAUAUAACAGACUGCAUGCCUAAAUAGGCAAACAGGGUAAAUAUCUAAAUUGUGACCUGAAGAGGACCUACAAGAUCCAGUUGUUAUAUUAUAGCCGGGCUAUGCUCUUUUAUAAUGUCAGAAGAUUACAUGAUGAAAGUGCAUGUAUUACUGGGAUGUAAAUUAACAUGUGAACACUUCAUCCUUUGCACUAUUUCACUGUCGAAAACCCACAAUGUAAUCAUAACAAUCCAAAUUGUUCUGUCUGUAAAUUUCACUCUUACAAGUCAGAUGGCUUUAGUACACAAGUAAAAUUUGAAGAAUGUGUGGUAUAUCUCUGACAAUAACAGCAUUCACCAAGAUGUGUUGAUAAUGAUGCUGGUACCAAGUUGACUUUUAUUUUUUUGAAUCUGUUAUUGUACCUGUUGCGGGACCUGUGCUCUGUCUUUCAGCUGGCAUUCCGCCUCUUUGCAAAACAUAUGAAGGCAUCUAAUAGUAACAAAACAUUGACAUUUUUGUAAUAAGAUUUUAACUGUGAGCGACUUGUUUCUUUCUUUCGACAUGAAUUGCAUAACACAAUUCAUGUGAAGUCUGGCUCAGUUUGCACAGAUUCUUGUUCAAAACAUAAUUGUACGGCGCAGCCUGCUUGUCAUACAUACUGUGCACUGUAGAUAAAUAUCAUCAGGUGACUUCACACAACAAUCAUUCAGCAUAUUUAAUUGAUCAAAUGUACACAAUUAAAAGGCCAACAUGUUGCAAUGUGUAUGUAUCCAUACGUGUUUUAUGAAAAACAAACUAAUUGGUUGCUACAACAGAUCUUACCAGACAGACACGAUGCUAUUUUUUACCAUUCAUUAUUUUUCAACAGACUUGCGAAAGGGCGCAGCAGAAAGACAAGGCUACUUUGAGCAUGUAUAUUGACUUCUGUCCCAUACAAAAUGCCCUCUAGCACAAGUGCAUGACCACCAUAACCACAUUCUUCUAAAAAGUUAUUAUUCAUCCCCAAGAAGAAUGACCAUCCUCCACUUCCUGUUGAUCAACAGCACGACUUUCUCCCAUUCUCCUGUCAUUAGGCCACAAUUAGUCAAAAGAAGAAUUAUGCAGGUUAAUCAUCUAUUAAUGGAGAGGGUGUCGCUUAACUAGGAUUAUUUGUUUUUUGGAUGUUUUCGUAUGUAUGUACAGUAUAUUUUAAUUAUUUUAUUUAUCAAAGGGAUGUGCCAUGAUGAUUGACCGUUGUCAAUAAAGGUUUGGUUUUGUGGUUGGGUAUAAAGAUGUAUGUUAAUAUGGUAAAGUAUCCAUUGCUUCAGUGCACUAAUGUUUGAUUGACGUGAUAUAUAUUUUUUUAUACAUAUUUCCGAAUACAAUUUUGUAGAUCUGUAAAUUCCUCCAUUAAAGACAAGGUAAUGA